AUGGCCGCCGACUUCAUAAUGCCGCGCAUUCCUACGGCGUCGCGCGACGCCUUCUACACGCAGCCUCACCAACGCCAUGCGCAAGAGCAGAUCCCGGCCUUCAACCAGCAGCACUACGCCUAUGCCGCCGUCGCUGCCGCAAAUACCGCCGCUACCGCGUCCAACCUUGCGUCUCAGUACAAUCCCCAGAUCUCGCCCUUGAGCACGUCGAAUAGCAGCUCGCCCACCUCGCCCAAGCCCGCCAGCAGCAACAACACCAGCGGCAACUACCACACCCGCCAGGUCCGCCCCCUUUACAUCCCGGCCGUCCUGCGGCGAAACGAGCAUCCGUCGCGCGAGGGCCAGGCCAAGGCUGGCGACGCACCCGACCACAGCAGCGGCGACAGCAGUGCCGUGGGCGACGGCUCCGAGGACGACGAUGAGCAGGACGACCACAGCCAGACCAGCCGCCGCAGCGGGGGCAUGCGCUCCAGCGGCAGCUUCAUCAGCCUCCCGGGCCUCGGUGCCUUUGGAAUCGGUUUGCUGAGCCGCCGCUCCACCAACGACAGCGGCAAGUGUGUCGACACCAAGUGGAACCUCGACCAGUUUCCGGACGUCAAUGGCUUUCCCUCGCGGAGCCACUGGAAGCCGGACCCUGAGUCGACCAUGUGCGACGAGCCGACGUGCAAGAAGUCGUUCAGCUACUUCACCCGCCGCCACCACUGCCGCCGCUGCGGCAACAUCUUUUGCGACUUCCACUCCGCCUUUGAGAUCCCGCUUGACGAGCAGGCCAACUACAACCCCAAGGGCUCGUCCAACCGCGCCUGUGCGUACUGCUUUCGCGAGUUCAAGGCCUGGCGCACACGCACCAACAGCAGCGACCUCUCAAGCGCCUCGUCUGGCACCACGACGCCGGCUACCGUCAACACCAGCGCCUACAAGAAAGCCGCCACGGCGCCUACGAGCCCGGUCGUGGCUCUUCGCCAGCCCGGUGCGCCUGGGACCCCGACGGUGGCCAAGGUUCCUGACGUCGCCCAGAGCGUCCCCGGUGACUGGAACUGGAGCACCUUCUAG